CCGGCCCGUGUAAUUUGGACGCAAAGCGUUAACAAGUCAGCCAAAAGACCGCGCCAACUACAACUGACAGCGAUCAUAACAAUACAAAAUAGUCAUAAAAAACAAAAAAAACAGCAGAAAGCAAAAAAAAAACGACAUCGGGGAUAACAAGGCCAAGCACAAUGUCGGCCUGGUCCGUAGCCAAUUUCGGAUUACUCAACUGGCUGUUGCUGUUGCUGCCGCUGCUGCAAGGCUCGAGCGCUGCGUUGGCCCCGACACCAGCAACAACAACAUUAACAACAACAAUCUCGCCCUCAAAUCUGCUGCCCUAUUUCGACUUUGAUGUGCCGCGAAACUUGACCGUCACCGUGGGCCAAACGGGCUUCCUGCACUGCCGCGUGGAGCGACUGGGCGAUAAGGAUGUCUCGUGGAUACGCAAACGUGAUCUGCAUAUACUCACCGCCGGCAGCACCACCUACACCUCCGAUCAGCGCUUUCAGGUGUUGCGACCCGAUAACUCGGCCAAUUGGACGCUGCAAAUCAAAUAUCCGCAGCCGCGCGACUCUGGCGUCUACGAGUGCCAAAUCAAUACGGAACCCAAAAUGUCACUCUCAUAUACAUUCAAUGUUGUGGAGCUCAAAGCGGAAAUCUACGGACCCAGCGAUCUGAUGGUGAAAACGGGCAGCGACAUUAAUUUAACCUGUAAAAUAAUGCAGGGACCGCACGAGUUGGGCAACAUAUUCUGGUACAAAGGCAGCGAAAUGCUCGAUGGCAAGAACGAGAACGAAAUCGACAGCUCCAUGGCACGCAUACUCGUCGAGGAUGAUUGGUCGGAUGGUCUGACUUCCAGACUAAAAAUCAAGCGCGCGAUGCCCGGCGACACCGGCAACUACACCUGUGUGCCCACCGUGGCAAAAACCUCCAGCGUCUAUGUGCACGUAAUUAUUGGCGAACACCCGGCGGCCAUGCAGCACAAUUCGAGCAGCAACAGCAACAGUUUCUAUUGCGGCAUUUGUUGCAUGCUGCUGAGCAUCGUCUCCUGCUGCCUGCAGCAUUGGUAUGUGAGUGCGGCGCCCGCUGAGACAAUGGCCGCACUAUUGUUGCUGCCACCAAGGCAAUUGUCACAUGCAACAGCAUCAGCAUCAGCAGCAUCAGUUGCAACAACAUCGAGUGCCCGCCCCCGCAACAGCAGCAGCAGCCGCCCUCAAAGUGGGCUGACCCUGGUGCAGUGUGUGAGAUGAAGGAAUGCAGCUGGAUUUUAAUCAGCGAGUGCUUCAGGUGCUGGUGAUCAUGGACAUGAUGUUAAUUGAGUUGUAAUGAUGAGAUUUUAGUUAAAUUGAUAGGCAUGUGUGUGCGAUUCGCAUUGAUUUCGUAUCGUAAGUUGAAUGCACUUAGUGAAUAAACAACAAACAUUUUUAGCUCUAAGCGAUUUUGCGUAAGU